AUGUUGUCGUUUGACGAACUAGCAGGGACCUUGAGGACAACGAAGGACCGGGUCCUCCAAGGAGUAGCUCGUUCCCCCACCGGUGAGUCUCCCCCUCCAAACAACGAGGGCGGGGCUACCACUCCACAAGAGACUGAAGCCGAACUCGCCCCGCAGUCAUCAAGUAGAGGGGCUAAUACUCACGGCCGCUCGACAGAUGAGUCGAAUGCUCCAAAUUCCGCUGCAGAUAGGAGGACCCCUUCUCCCCAAAAUAGGCAGCAGACCUCGAGCCACGAUUCUAUACUGUCUCCUAUCCGUAAAAUAGACCUGUCUAAGGGCAGCCAUGGCGACGAAAACGCCUCGUAA